AUGCCUGAGAAUAACAAGAGUGUUUCUGUCCAGCUUUGGCCUUGGCAGAAGCGAGCUCUGGAGAAUGGACGUACGCCGCUACCUGAAAGUCCAGGAGAAAGACCCUGGCUAAACCUUUCACAAGAUGCCGAGAUAUCUGCCACUCCUUUAUCGGCUUUGACAAAUGCAAGUACCCCUGAAAGGCGAAACUACCACCUGACUGUUGCUACACCGAACCAGCGCUGGUGGACAGAAAGUGAAAUGAGACGGCUCAUUCAGCUGAGAAACAACGGGGAGACCUGGGCCACUAUCACUGCACAAUUCCCAGGACGGACUCUUCAAGGAGUCAAGCAGACAUACCGCAAGCGUCGAUUCGCUACUGAGAAACAAAUGGAGAAAGAGGCAUUAGCAGCAGCUUCUGCUAACCCUUCUCUUAUUAGAGACGACGCUGAGAAGUGUAAUCAGUGA